AUGUAUUUUGGACCUGGUGUUGAGGCAGAUACAAAAUCUGAGUUCUGGCAUAGCAGUAUUUGGCAGGAGUCUUCUUCUUUGGCCUAUCCUUCUAUCAAAUUGAAAGUUCAACUCCUUUAUUUUGGCUCCGAACUGCCAAGAAUUUUUUUAAGUUCAAUAAGAACAGAAGGAUCAUUGGAUGGAGAGUUAUGGUUAAGUGAAAUGACCUACUUGAUUGAGCCAGUUACGGUUUGGCUUCAUGACACACCAGACCCACCCAAUUAUCAAUUUUAUGUAAGAGAAAUUUUGUAUACCAUGAAGGUCAAUAAAUUUGAUGAUGUCAUGAAACCAAUUGUAGAUAAAAUUAAUAGUUUAGAACAAGGCACCUUAAUGAAUAUUGGAGGUCAGGACAUGUGGAUAGUUGCCAGUUUAGGUGUAAUAACUGCCAACCUUCCACAGAGUAACGAUCUUGCAGAUACAAAGCAGUAUAGUAGUAUUCUAGGAUGA